AUGAUUGUACUACCAAAUCAAGAUGACAAUCUAGAAGAUGACAUUAGUUUUGAUAAAGGUGAUAAUGAGGUUGAUCAAGAAAAUAUUAAUAAAGAAAUUAAUGAGGAAGAAAAUGAUUCAACUGAAUCUGAAAGCUCAGACGAUGAAGAGUCUGCCGAAAUUGCUGAGGAGUCUGAUGAAAAUAUAGAAGAGCCUGAUACUGUUGCAAAGGAUUCUAUUUAUGAACUUUUUUUAAAAGUUUUUGUUAAUGAUUCAUUGAUUUGCACAACAGAAAUUGAAAAGCCAUACUAUUCCGCUAGAAUCUAUCCAGACGUUUGCAUUCACUGUGGGUGCUUGGAUGUUUCUAAAUCAGCAAAUAAAUAUCCACGUUGUAAUGAUUGUGAGAAUAAUCUUGCUAAUUCAAAAAAAUCUUCAAGACGGUCUAAAGAUAUUAAAAACAACCGAAAGCGUGUUAAAACUAAAAAAUAG